AUGUCUCUCAUGGCCAGUUGCGAUGGCCAGCUUUGGAGCAAAGCCUUGCAGGGUUACGGCUCGGCCUUACGUCAGCUGGCCAGCCGAAAGCAGGAUCCUUCGAAGCUGGAAGCUCUGGAUGAAUGGUUUCAAAAGACGGAGCCCAAGAAGGACAAGGCUUAUUUGCUGAAAGUCUUGGAGUGGAAGCUCACGCGCGGCACCUUCCGUCCGGGUUUACUGCAGAAAGCCCAGCUCAACAGCGAGGAGGAAGUGAAGCGCUGCUUCCAGCGCCUUGGGUGGACGCUCCGAGGUCGCUCCGUCACGAUCCGUGGUCCUCCCCAGGCGCUCACGAGCCUCCAGGGCGUCGGCCCGGUCACCGCUUCGGCGCUGCUCUGCCGGGCGACGCCUCAGCGGGUGGCCUACAUGUCCGACGAGGCUGUCCUUGGCUCCGGGCUCUUCAAGAGGGCCGCAGACAUCAAGCGGCUCGGACCCUUCGGUUCACAGGCUUCGAUCCGGGGAUUUCCCGUUGCCGGCAGAAAUGGGUAG